AUGUCAUCAAAUCAAAAUUCACAAAACUGGCAACGAGGUGUUAAUCAAUAUGGUAAUCGAUAUGAUCAUCGAGGAGAAGGAGCUGCUCAAGGAGGUUCAUAUCAUUACAGCAAUCGCGAUGGUUCAUAUUACUAUCAAAAUAGUAAUGGAUCGACUUACUAUCAAGCACCCGAUGGUUACCGAAAUUAUACUGCACCAUACAAUAAUUCACGAUAUGGUCAACAGUAA